GGCAAGCUGCACAACUUUGUAGACCACAGUCUCAUAGUCUCAUAGUCUCUUAGUCCCUCAGUCCCAGGAACGUUUUGUGUGUCCUGCAGGCUGGCAACGCUGCAGACUCACCGGAGCAGCCUUCCUUCAUCACCCGCCCCACGGAGCUCCACUCCCGGCUGACUGACACCCAGGCUGCCCGCUGGCUGACAAGCAAAGCAAGACCAUGGCCGACCGCUUCGACUGCGACAAUUGCAAGGAGUCCUUGUACGGCCGCAAAUACAUCCAGUCGGACAGCAGCCCCUACUGCAUCCCCUGUUACGACAGCCUCUUCUCCAACACCUGUGACGAGUGCAAGGAGCUGAUUGGCCAUGACGCCAGGGAGCUGUUCUACGAGGACCGCCACUACCACGAGCACUGUUUCCGAUGUUUCCGCUGCGACCGCUCCCUGGCGGACGAGCCCUUCACCAACCAGGAGGAGGCGCUGCUCUGUAAUGACUGCUACUGCAACGAGUUCUCCUCCAAGUGCGUGGCCUGCGACAAGAUCGUCAUGCCGGGCAGCAGGAAGCUGGAGUACGCGGGGUCCACGUGGCACGAGGGCUGCUUCAUCUGCCACGCCUGCCAGCAGCCCAUCGGCUCCAAGUCCUUCAUCCCCGAGAAGGACGAGCACUACUGCGUGCCGUGCUACGAGGACAAGUUCGCGCCGCGCUGCACUCGCUGUAAAAAGACCCUGGCCAAAGGUGGCGUGACCUACCGGGACGAGCCCUGGCACAAGGAGUGUUUCGUGUGCAGCGGCUGCAAGACGCAGCUGGCCGGCCAACACUUCACCUCGCGGGACGAGAGCCCCUACUGCCUCAAGUGCUUCGGCAGCCUCUACGCCAAGAAGUGCCAGGCCUGCAGCAAACCAAUCACAGGUUUCGGCGGGGGCAAGUACAUCUCCUUCGAGGAGCGGCAGUGGCAUCAGCCCUGCUUCACCUGCUCCCAGUGCUCCGUGUCGCUGGUGGGCGCCGGCUUCUUCCCCGACGGCGAGCGCAUCCUGUGCCGCGACUGCCACAGCAGCCUAUAAACAUCUGCCAUUUUUCUCCGGCGGCAGCCAAAGUCUGAGGUAACACGGGGCAAACUCACGCCAAAACCACAAAAACUUCCUUGUGCUGUAUGGACCAAGAUUCCAUCAUCGUCUUUUUUUUAUUAUUUUAUUUUUUGGCAUUUGCAACGUGUCACACAUCGCCACCAUCAUCUUCAUCCGUGCAUCUUAUUUACAUCGUAGCAACACACCCAAAUGUUACUCUUUUGAAGGGGGGAACAAAUAUUACCAGCUUUAUAAGAAUUAGCCUUAUAAAGGCUGUAUAAGUUGUUAAUGCUUCACACUGUCAAGGAGUUUUGUGUGUAGAAUUUUGAGGACAAAAAUGAAUUAUUCCACUGUGGAAUAAGCCUGUAACAUAAAAUGUAUUUUAAAAAAAGUGGAGUUUUUGGAAUACUUUUCAUUUUUCAUAAAUUUGCAAAAAUCGUACUGUCAUGGAGUAUUGUGUGUAGAAUUUUGAGGACAAAAAUGAAUUAUUCCAUUGCGGAAUAAGGCUGUAACAUAAAAUGUUUGAAAAAAAAAAGUGGAGUUUUUGGAUUACUUUUAAUUUUUCAUGAAUUUGCAAAAAUCUCACUGUCAUGGGGUAUUGUGUGUAGAAUUUUGAGGACAAAAAUUAAUUAUUCCAUUGUGGAAUAAGGCUGUAACGUAAAAUGUGUAAAAAAAAAUAAAAAAUAAAAAAAAGUUGAGUUUUUGGAUUACUUUUAAUUUUUCAUAAAUUUGCAAAAAUCCCUGAAAAAGAACCAUUUUUUUCACACUGUCAUGGGGUAUUGUGUGUAGAAUUUUGAGGACAAAAAUGAAUUAUUCCACUGUAGAAUAAGGCUGUAACAUAAAAUGUGUAAAAGUGGAGUUUUUGGAUUACUUUUAAUUGUUCAUAAAUUUGCAAAAAUCUCACUGUCAUGGGGUAUUGUGUGUAGAAUUUUGAGGACAAAAAUUAAUUAUUCCAUUGUGGAAUAAGGCUGUAACGUAAAAUGUGUAAAAAAAAAUAAAAAAUAAAAAAAAGUUGAGUUUUUGGAUUACUUUUAAUUUUUCAUAAAUUUGCAAAAAUCCCUGAAAAAGAACCAUUUUUUUCACACUGUCAUGGGGUAUUGUGUGUAGAAUUUUGAGGACAAAAAUGAAUUAUUCCACUGUAGAAUAAGGCUGUAACAUAAAAUGUGUAAAAGUGGAGUUUUUGGAUUACUUUUAAUUGUUCAUAAAUUUGCAAAAAUCUUACUGUCAUGGGGUAUUGUGUGUAGAAUUUUGAGGACAAAAAUUAAUUAUUCCAUUGUGGAAUAAGGCUGUAACGUAAAAUGUGUACAAAAAAAAGUGGAGUUUUUGGAUUACUUUUAAUUUUUCAUAAUUUUGCAAAAAUCUUACUGUCAUGGGGUAUUGUGUGUAGAAUUUUGAGGACAAAAAUUCAUUAUUCCAUUCUGGAAUAAGGCUCUAACGUAAAAUGUGUAAAAAAAAAAAAAAAAGUAGAAUUUUUGGAUUACUUUUAAUUUUUCAUAAAUUUGCAAAAAUCUCUGAAAAAUAAUAUUUUUUUUUCACACUGUCAUGGGGUAUUGUGUAGAAUUUUCAGGACAAAAAUGAAUUAUUCCACUGUAGAAUAAGGCUGUAACAUAAAAUGUGUAAAAGUGGAGUUUUUGGAUUACUUUUAAUUUUUCAUAAAUUUGCAAAAAUCUUACUGUCAUGGGGUAUUGUGUGUAGAAUUUUGAGGACAAAAAUGAAUUAUUCCAUUGUGGAAUAAGGCUGUAGCGUAAAAUGUGUAAAAAAAAAAAAAAAAAAAUUUAAAAGUUGAGUUUGUGGAUUACUUCUAAUUUUUCAUUAAUUUGCAAAAAUCUCUGAAAAAUAAUAAAAAUUUGUCACACUGUCAUGGGGUAUUGUGUGUAGAAUUUUCAGGACAAAAAUGAAUUAUUCCACUUGUGGAAUAAGGCUGUAAAAUAAAAUGUGUGUAAAAAAAAAAAAAAAAAAGUGGAGUUUUUGGAUUACUUUUCAUUCGUCAAAAAUGUGCAAAAAUCUCUGAAAAAGAAAGCUAUAUUUUUCACACUGUCAUGGGGUAUUGUGUGUAGAAUUUUGAGGACAAAAAUGAAUUAUUCCAUUGCGGAAUAAGGCUGUAACAUAAAAUGUGUAAAAAAAAAAAGUGGAGUUUUUGGAUUACUUUUAAUUUUUCAUAAAUUUGCAAAAAUCCCUGAAAAAGAACCAUUUUUUUCACACUGUCAUGGGGUAUUGUGUGUAGAAUUUUGAGGACAAAAAUGAAUUAUUCCACUGUAGAAUAAGGCUGUAACAUAAAAUGUGUAAAAGUGGAGUUUUUGGAUUACUUUUAAUUGUUCAUAAAUUUGCAAAAAUCUUACUGUCAUGGGGUAUUGUGUGUAGAAUUUUGAGGACAAAAAUUAAUUAUUCCAUUGUGGAAUAAGGCUGUAACGUAAAAUGUGUAAAUAAAAAAAAAUUGAGUUUUUGGAUUACUUUUAAUUUUUCAUAAAUUUGCAAAAAUCUCUGAAAAAUAACAGUUCUUUUUCACACUGUCAUGGGGUAUUGUGUGUAGAAUUUUCAGGACAAAAAUGAAUUACUCCAUUUGUGGAAUAAGGCUGUAACAUAAAAUGUGUGUAAAAAAAAAAAGUGGAGUUUUUGGAUUACUUUUCAUUUGUCAAAAAUUUGCAAAAAUCUCUGAAAAAUAAAGCUAUAUUUUUCACACUGUCAUGGGGUAUUGUGUGUAGAAUUUUGAGGACAAAAUUUAUCAUUCCAUUGUGGAAUAAGGCUGUAACAUAAAAUGUUUAAAAAAGUGGAGUUUUUGGAUUACUUUUAAUUUUUCAUAAAUUUGCAAAAAUCCCUGAAAAAGAACCAUUUUUUUCACACUGUCAUGGGGUAUUGUGUGUAGAAUUUUCAGGACAGAAAUGAAUUAUUCCACUGUAGAAUAAGGCUGUAACAUAAAAUGUGUAAAAGUGGAGUUUUUGGAUUACUUUUAAUUUGUCAUAAAUUUGCAAAAAUCUCUGAAAAAUAAAGCUAUAUUUUUCACACUGUCAUGGGGUAUUGUGUGUAGAAUUUUGAGAACAAAAAAAAUAAUCAUUCCAUUGUGGAAUAAGGCUGUAACAUAAAAUCUGGGAAUACUUUCUGGACUCCCUGUACAUUGCUAUUAGCCUUAUAAUCAGGUGUAUAUUACCAUAUAGCUCAAAUAAAAUAGUAGUUAAUAAUGAUUUAUUAAUGUUUAAGAGCAUUACUAACCUUCUUAUAAACAAUUUCGAAACCUUUUACAAACGUAACUUUAUAAAUUAUUUCCAAAUGUGUUAAUAACUAGGUUAGUAAUGUUUUAAAGUAGUCACUUUUUGUCACAUCUUAUGUUACAGCCUUAUUCCAACAUGGAAUACAUUCAUUGUUGUCCUCAAAAUUCUACACAAAAUACCCCACAGUGACAAUGUGGAAACAUUUUUGUAUCACUUUUAAAUAUUUUUAAUUAAUUAGCAAAAAACUCGGAAAAAUAUUUAAUUUUUUUCACACCGUCAUCAUGGGGCAUUGUGUGUAGAAUUUUGAGGACAAAAAUGAAUUAUUCCAUUUCGGAAUAAGGCUUUAACAUAAAAUCUGUGAAUACUUUCUGGACUCACUGUUAUUAGCCUUAUGAUCAGGUGUAUAUUACCAUAUAGCUCAAAUAAAAUAGUAGUUAAUAAUUAGGGUCCGCAGGCCCAUUGCAAAAUGACUCCACGAAAAUUGCGAUCUAAUGAAAAAACCAAAUCCCAAUACUCAAAUAAAUAAAAUAAAACAGAGCAAAAACUGCUCCCAGGAAGAAAAUACUAACAAAAUUGCUUGUAACUUCCAGUAGGAAUGCCGGAAAGACAUGAAACAAAAACUUAUAUGUAGGUCUCACUUAGACCUACAUUUAGAUAAUCGACAUCCUUCGGCAAAAAUCAACAGGAAGUUCAAAAUUGCCCCUUCAAAAUAAAAGUUUUGUGAACAACCGUCACCUUUUUUCAAACGUUAUCUCCUCUGAGCGCGUUUGUCGUUUCGGCUUCAAACGCGCACAGGAGAGACAUCGAACCCUUCUGAUUAAAAGUGUAGAACAAAGUUUUGAUUACUGCUCCGGUUUUGAUUUUACGCGCCUUCAAAGAACCCCGCGCAAAGUUACCUAAAAAUGUCAUUUUUGCCUCUUUGAGCUGUAAUUUGACCCCUUUAAAGUGCUUCAAAGUGCAAGUUAAAGCUCUACUAUACAACGCGAAAGCCAUUUAUCAACAACAUCCAGAAACGCCGGUCUGUAAUUUGACCCCCUUACCAUGCUUUAAAACUCCCCAAAUUUUACACACACAUCGGUCUGGCAUGCCUUCCCAACUUAUUGGGCAGCCAAACCAGAAAAAUCAAAAUUGCGCGCUAGCGCCCCCUAGGAAGGAAAGAAAAACAGACUGCUUGUAACUUCCGUUAGGAAUGUCGUACAGACAUGAAAUAAAAACUGUCACGUAGGUCUAACUUAGACCUAAAUGUCAUAAUUGUAUCUUCUAGGACAAAAAUCAACAAAAAUUUUGCAAAAACCCAUUCAAAGCAAAAUUUUUGCAAAAAAUGCUAUUUUUGCCUCUUUGAACUGUAAUUUGACCCCCUUAAAAUGCUUCAAAACUCACCAAACUUGGCACACACAUCAGGACUGGCGAAAAUUGCGAUCUAAUGAAAAGAACAAAUCCCAAUACUCAAAAUUGCGUGAAAAAAACAGAGCAAAAACUGCUCCUAGGAAGAAAAUACAAACAAAAUUGCUUUUAACUUCCAGUGGGAAGGCCGGAAAGACAUGAAACAAAAACUUCUAUGUAGGUCUCACUUAGACCUACAUUUAGAUAAUUGACAUCUUUCAGCACAAAUCAACAGGAAGUUAAAAAUGACCCCUUCAAAAUAAAAGUUUUGUUAACACCCGUCACAUUUUUUCAAAAGUUAUCUCCUCUGAGCGCGUUUGUCGUUUCGGCUUCAAACUCGCACAGGAGAGACAUUGAAUCCUUUUGAUUAAUAGUGUUGAACAGAGUUUUGAUUACUGCUCCGGUUUUGAUUUUACGCGCCUUCAAAGAACCCCUGCGCAAAGUUACCUAAAAAAAAUGUCAUUUUUGCCUCUUUGAGCUGUAAUUUGACCCCUUUAAAAUGCUUCAAAGUGCAAGUCAAAGCUCUACUAUACAAAGCGAAAGCCAUUUAUCAACAACAUCCAGAAACGCCGAUCUGUAAUUUGACCCCCUUAACAUGCUUCAAAAUUCACCAAAUUUUACACACAUCAGGACUGGCGAAAAUUGCCAUCUAAUAAAAAACCAAACCCCAAAAGUCAAAAUUGCGCUCUAGCGCCCCUUAGGAAAAAACCCAGACAAAACUGUUUGUAACUUCUGUUAGGAAUGCCGUAGAGACAUGAAACAAAGACCUCUAUGUAGGUCUGACUUACACCAGGGCUUGGCAGCGGCCAAAGGCGGACCCGACCAAUGCUGCUUGCAGCUUUAAUUAUUCUUUCUUUCUUUCUUUAUUCCACACCUAUGCGCUGUAAUUCCACCCCCCUCUAGCGCAAUUUUUUAAUAAAACAGAGCAAAAACUGCUCCUAGGAAGAAAAUACAAACAAAAUUGCUUGUAUCUUCCAGUAGGAAGGCCGGAAAGACAUGAAACAAAAACUUCUAUGUAGGUCUCACUUAGACCUACAUUUAGAUGAUUUCGGCAAAAAUCAACAGGAAGUUAAAAAUGACCCCUUCAAAAUAAAAGUUUUGUUAACACCCGUCACCUUUUUUCAAAAGUUAUCUCCUCUGAGCGCAUUUGUCGUUUCGGCUUCAAACCCGCACAGGAGAGAGUUUGGACCCUUCUGAUUAACAGUAUGGAUCAGAGUUUUGAUUACUGCUCCGGUUUUGAUUUUACGCGCCUUCAAAGAACCCCUACGCAAAUUUUCCUAAAAAAUUUCUUUUUUGCCUCUUUGAGCUGUAAUUUGACCCCCUUAAAAUGAUUCAAAGUGCAAGUUAAAGCUCUACUAUGCCAAGCGAAAGCCAUUUAUCAACAACAUCCAGAAACGCCGAUCUGUAAUUUUACCCCCUUAACAUGCUUCAAAACUCACCAAAUUUUACACACACAUCAGGACUGGCAAAAAUUGCCAUAUAAUAAAAAACAAACCCCUAAAGUCAUAAUUGCGCUUCAGCGCCCCCUAAGAAAAAAACCCUGACAAAACUGCUUGUAACUUCUGUUAGGAAUGUCGUAGAGACAUGCAACAAAAACUUCUAAGUAGGUCUGACUUAGACCGGGGCUUGGCAGCGGCCAAAGGCGGACCCGACCAACGCUGCUUGCAGCUUUAAUUAUUCUUUCUUUCUUUCUUUAUUCCGCACCUAUGCGCUGUAAUUCCACCCCCUUAACAUGCUUCAAAACUCUCCAAAUUUGACACACACAUUGGUCUGGCGAAAAUUGCGAUCUAAUGAAAAAACCAAAUCCCAAUACUCAAAAUUGCGCUGUAGCGCAAUUUUUUAAUAAAACAGAGCAAAAACUGCUCCUAGGAAGAAAAUACAAACAAAAUUGCUUGUAACUUCCAGUAGGAAUGCCGGAAAGACAUGAAACAAAAACUUCUAUGUAGGUUUCACUUAGACCUACAUUUAGAUAAUUGACAUUCUUUGGCAAAAAUCAACAGGAAGUUAAAAAUGACCCCUUCAAAAUAAAAGUUUUGUUAACACCUAUCACCUUUUUUCAAAAGUUAUCUCCUCUGAGCGCGUUUGUCGUUUCGGCUUCAAACUCGCACAGGAGAGGGAUUGAACCCUUCUGAUUAAAAGUGUAGAACAGAGUUUUAAUUACUGCUCCGGUUUUGAUUUUACGCACCUUCAAAGAACCCCUGCGCAAAGUUACCUAAAAAAUGUCAUUUUUGCCUCUUUGAGCUGUAAUUUGACCCCUUUUAAAUUGCUUCAAAGUGCAAGUUAAAGCUCUACUAUACAAAGCGAAAGCCAUUUAUCAACAGCAUCCAGAAACGCCGAUCUGUAAUUUGACCCCCUUAACAUGCUUCAAAACCCACCAAAUUUUACACACACAUCAGGACUGGCGAAAAUUGACAUUAAUAAAAAACACACCCCAAAAGUCAAAAUUGCGCUCCAGCGCCCCCUAGGAAAAAACCCAGACAAAACUGCUUGUAACUUCUUUUAGGAAUGUCGUAGAGACAUGAAACAAAGACUUUUAUGUGGCUUAGACCGGGUCUUGGCAGCGGCCAAAGGCGGACCCGACCAAUGCUGCUUGCAGCUUUAAUUAUUCUUUCUUUCUUUCUUUAUUCCGCACCUAUGCGCUGUAAUUCCACCCCCUUAACAUUCUUCAAAACUCAACAAAUUUGAAACACACAUUGGUCUGGCGAAAAUUGCGAUCUAAAAAAAAAAACCGAAUCCCAAUACUCAAAAUUGCGCUCUAGCACAAUUUUUGAAUAAAACAGAGCAAAAACUGCUCCUAGGAAGAAAAUACAAACAAAAUUGCUUGUAACUUCCAGUUGGAAGGCCGGAAAGACAUCAAACAAAAACUUCUAUGUAGGUCUCACUUAGACCUACAUUUAGAUAAUUGACAUCUUUCGGCACAAAUCAACAGGAAGUUAAAAAUGACCCCUUCAAAAUAAAAGUUUUGUUAACACCCGUCACCUUUUUUCAAAAGUUAUCUCCUCUGAGCGCGUUUGUCGUUUCGGCUUCAAACUCGCACAGGAGAGACAUUGAAUCUUUUUGAUUAAUAGUGUAGAACAGAGUUUUGAUUACUGCUCCGGUUUUGAUUUUACGCGCCUUCAAAGAACCCCUGAGCAAAGUUACCUAAAAAAUGUCAUUUUUGCCUCUUUGAGCUAUAAUUUGACCCCUUUAAAAUGCUUCAAAGUGCAAGUUAAAGCUCUACUAUACAAAGCGAAAGCCAUUUAUCAACAACAUCCAGAAACGCCGAUCUGUAAUUUGACCCCCUUACCAUGCUUUAAAACUCACCAAAUUUUACACACACAUCAGGACUGGCGAAAAUUGCCAUCUAAUAAAAAAAACCAAACCCUAAAAAUAAAAAUCGCGCUCUAGCGCCCCCUAGGAAAAAACCCAGACAAAACUGCAUGUAACUUCUGUUAGAAAUGUCGUAGAGACAUGAAAUAAAAACGUCUAUGUUGAUCUGACUUAGACAAGGGAAUGAGUAGCGGCGGCAGCAGCCAAAGGCGGACCCGACUAACGCUGCUUGCAGCUUUAAUUAUUAAUGAAUCUUCUUGAAAGUGUUUAACAGCGUUACUAACCUACCUAUAAACAACCUCCAAACCUGUUAUAAGCAUCAAUGGUUUUCAAAUGGCUUAACACCCAGGUUAGUAAUAUUUAAAAAUAGUCACUUUUCGUCGCAUCUCGUUAUGUUGCAGCCUUAUUCCAAAAUGGAAUGCAUUCAUUGUUGUCCUCAAAAUUCUACACACAAUACCCCAUAAUGACAGUGUUUUUAGAUUACUUUUAAAUAUUUUUAAUUAAUUUGCAAAAAACUCUGAAAAAUAUUUUUGUUUCACACCGUCAUCAUGGGGCAUUGUGUGUAGAAUUUUGAGGACAAAAAGGAAUUACAAUAAGGCUGUAACAUAAAAUAUAUAUUUUUAAGCCACUCUAACCAUUUGUAAAGCCUUUACAAGAUAUUAUUGUCAUGAUCGGUGAAGUCAAUUUUGCACUUUUGGACUAAUAAGAUGCUAACAAGUAGCAUGCACAUAAAAUUCACACAAUACAAAAAAAAAAAAAAAAAACACGGCACAAAAC